AAACUUAUUCCAUACAAUAUUUUGAUUGGCUUAGGUAUAACGUGGAUGAAUUUUUCAUUAACAAUCUCUUGGAAUUUUAUGGAUAUCUUUGCGAUUUUAGUAAGUGUGGGUCUUUCAAAGAGAUUUGAGCAGAUUAACAAUCGCUUGAGGAAUGUAAAAGGAAAAUGUGUCCCAGAGACAUAUUGGCAGCAAAUUAGGCUUCAUUAUGUGGAACUCUGUGAGGUAGUUGAAUAUGUAGAGAUUUAUAUAUCUCCUGUAGUGUUAAUCUCCUGCACAAAUGAUUUAUAUUUCAUCUGUUAUCAACUUCUCAACGUUUUCGAUGUUUUACCAUAUAAAAUAAAUGUUAUCUACUUCUGGUACUCACUUUUCUACCUCAUAAUCAGGACAAUUUGCCUAUUCCUGUUUACAGCUGAAAUUAAUGAUCAAGCCAAGAAACCAAUGGAGAUCCUAAAGACAAUUCCAACAUUUUCUUGGUGUGUUGAACUUGAUAGAUUCAUUCAUCAAACUGCAAGAGAAUCAAUUUGCCUAUCAGGAAUGAGAUUUUUCUAUUUAACACGGAAACUUGUACUGUCUAUGAUUGGUACGGUAGUGACGUACGAAUUGGUUUUAAUGCAAUUUGAUUAUAAAACUGUUUUAGAUUUUAAAAAUACCACAGAUACGAGUUAUGCAUCGCAGUUUCUUGGCAUUAUGCCAGUUGUUGGGAUUCUAAGCAAAAACGCAAGUGAUGUAAAAUUCAAGUGGACAGCUUUCCGUACGAUGUAUGCUCUAGCAGUUUCAACUUGUGCUUUCAUUGAAUGGUUCCUCAGUGCCUAUCGAAUUCAUGCCAUUGGCUUCAGUCUGGGAAAUGCUGAAGCAUUAGCAUUUUACACCAUAACAAUGGUUGGGCAUUUUUUCUUUUUCAAUUUGGCAACGCGCUGGCCAAAGAUUGUCAGAUGCUGGGACAAAGUUGAAAAAAUCUUCCUCUCUAACCCCUAUCAACCGUAUGGUCGACGUUUGGAUACCAGAGUCAGGAUUGUCUGCUGUUCUUGGAUUGCUCUUGGAAUGAUUGAAUACAGCCUGUAUUUAUGCGUAGCCUUUAUUGGCAUUUAUUAUACUUUAGAAAUUUGUCCUGAUAGUAGCGUGGGUAUUUUGGAGAUAUUCUUCAAAAGUCAACGCUCACAUAUUUUUAUGUGGAUUAAAUUCCAUACUUGGAUGACACCUUUUCUGACUCUUGUAAAUAUGAGCUUAACAUUCUGCUGGACAUAUUUAGAUCUAUUUAUUAUGGCAUCUGGACUCGCUCUUGCAACGCGUUUUAACCAAAUCACUCAAAGACUAAAAAUAAUGCAGAAUUUGGCAAUUCCUGAAUCAUUUUGGGUUGAAAUUCGUAGCCACUAUUUAAUAUUGAAUGAAUUAAUUUUAUUCAUUGAUGAUCAACUAUCGCAAAUAAUUCUACUCUCUUGUGCAAGUAAUCUCUAUUUUAUAUGUCUUCAGCUCUACAAUAGUUUCAAGAACAAUUAUACAGACCUUCUAUCAACAUUUUACUUCUGGUUCUCACUUCUAUUUGUAAUAGGACGAGCAAGUUGUGCUAUCCUCUGUGCUGCCUCAAUACACGCAGCUUCCAAGACUCCACUGAAAAUCCUUCGAAAUAUCCCUACGAAAUAUUGGAAUUUAGAACUGGGGCGAUUUACUUAUUCUGUGACAAAGGACACAAUAGCACUCACCGGGAAAAAAUUCUUUUUUCUCACCAAAGGAUUACUUUUAGUGAUGGCCGGAUCAGUCGUCACCUACGAAUUGGUUGUUUUGGAUCAAGUUCACGAUGGCAGUGGAUCAAGCGAAAAUGAUACUCAUCCCUGUAAUUGGACAAAUUAA